CAGGCCUGCCAUCGGCUCCCCGCGUGCAGGUCCGCGGGGAGGGCGGGCCUGCCGGAAGGCCCACCCCGGGGCGUUCCUGCAGGGCGCCUCGGGCCGUCCCAGCGCGCACCCCCCUCCCCCGCCAGCGCCCCCCAGAUGUACUAUGCGGUUUCCCAGGCGCGCGUGAACGCGGCCCCCGCGACCAUGCUGCGGCCCCAGCGGCCCGGAGACGCGCCGCUCGGGCCGUCCCUGUACGAGCUGGUGGGCUACCGCCCUUCGUCGUCCUCCUCGACCUCCGCCGCCUCCUCCACGACGGCCCCGAUCUUCCCCAAGGCGGCUCGCGAGACGUCGGAGACGGCCGCCGAGUCGCCGGGCGCGGGCGGCGGCCCCCGAGCCGACGCCAAGGACGCGCAACAGCAGCAGCUGCGGCGCAAGAUCAACAGCCGCGAGCGCAAGCGCAUGCAGGACCUCAACCUGGCCAUGGACGCGCUGCGCGAGGUCAUCCUGCCCUACUCGGCCGCGCACUGCCAGGGCGCGCCGGGCCGCAAGCUCUCCAAGAUCGCCACGCUGCUGCUGGCCCGCAACUACAUCCUGCUGCUGGGCAGCUCGCUGCAGGAGCUGCGCCGCGCGCUGGGCGAGGGCGCCGGGCCCGCAGCGCCGCGCCUGCUGCUGGCCGGCCUGCCCCUGCUCGCCGCCGCGCCGGGUUCCGUGCUGCUGGCGCCCGGCGCCGUGGGGCCGCCCGACGCGCUGCGCCCCGCCAAGUACGUGUCGCUGGCGCUCGACGAGCCUCCGUGCGGCCAGUUCGCGCUCCCGGGCGGCGGCGGCGGCGCAGCGGGCAGCGGCGCAGGCGGCCCGGGCCUCUGCACUUGUGCCGUCUGCAAGUUCCCGCACCUCGUCCCCACCGGCCUGGGCCUGGCGGCCGUGCCCGCGUCCUUCUCCAAGUGAGCACCGAGGGAGCACCAAGCCUGGGCACAGCGGCCGCUCAGCGCUCAGCAGCUCCGCGUCCUGGGCCACCCGGGAGAGGUGUGUGUGUGUGUGUGUGUGUGUGUGUGUGUGUGUGUGUGUAAGUGUAAUGGGGGGAGUGGGGGACCCCCUCCAGAUGUGCAUUUGGAACCUUCUCUCCCCAAAGAAAGGACAGUCUGGCACCGCUUUCCCCGACGCCAAUCCGGGGAAGUGAGCCUAGCGCCGUUUGGGGGUCCCUGGAUGGAUUCCAGCUGCGCCGGGCAGCAAGGGCGCGCUCCCACCCCCACACCCCACACUCACCCGACGCGAGGGUCUCCAGGGGUCCCGGACGGUUUCCCUUUCCCGGGGGAGAGCGGAUUUUACCCCUCCCGCGUGCAGCGCGCUCCGAGAGCCGUCUGGGCGCAGAGGGCUGGGCCCGGGGAUACGGGAUGAUCGGAUGCUCUGCUUAGGCUCACGUUGUCCGGGACGGACAGACAAACUCGAGGACAGUCCCAGCCAGGGCCCCGGGCAGGCCGGCUCAGCCGAGGGCUGGAGAGCAAAGUUUGGAGCGUGGAAGUUGUUGAUGGAUUUCUGGGACGAUGAACUCGGAAGCGCUGAGAUCGAUGGUGUAGAGACCCCGU